AUGGGACUCGACCAACCGACCUAUACCGACAUCCAAGUCGAAGCAUAUCUCAGACGACUUGCAUAUAAGCCUGCAGCAACAGAAGGAACAGGUCUUGUUGAGCACGCCCGCCAGCGUGUCCAGAGCGAUGCGCUAGGUACACUCACAGAGCUUCAGAGACACCAUCUCGCUGCUAUCCCGUGGGGAAAUUCGGGACUCCAUUAUUCGCAGCAUCACACAAUUUCCUUGCAUCCAGACAGCUUGUAUGAGAAAAUUGUGGAGCGGCGCUUGGAUGGUUAUUGUAUGGAGAGUACGGGAAUCUUCUUUAUUGUUCUGCGGUCUCUGGGAUAUUGUGUAUACGCCACUGGUGGUAGAGUGAGCCAUGCUGCUGCGACGGGUGUGGACAAUGGACUAUGGCUAGCAUUCGGACAUAUGGUGCUGAUAGUCAUCAUCGACGAAGCAAGAUAUAUGGUGGACGUUGGAUUUGGCAAUAACUGUGCAACCGCACCAUUGCUUCUCCAAGAAGGCGCUACAGCUACAUGCAUUGCACCCUCCGAGAUGCGCCUGAUCAAGGACACUCUCGUCGAGGUCACCGAUAAAUCCCAGAAGGUCUGGAUCUACCAGACAAGAAAUAACCCGGAGAGCCCUUGGAUACCCAACAUCUGCUUCUCGGAGGUAGAAUUCUUGCCUCAGGACUUUGACGUCAUGAACUUCUCCGUCAGCAAGAAGCCAACUAGCUGGUUUGUUCAAACCUUUGUGUGCGUGCGAAUGAUCUUGGAUCCUACGGGCAAGGAAAUUAUUGGGCAGUGCAUCAUGUCAGGCGGAGAGGUCAAGCAACGAAUCGGUGGGCAGACGGAGAUUUUGCAAGUACUUCAAACGGAAGAAGACCGGGUCAAAGCCCUUGCGAAAUACUUUGACAUGCACCUCCGCACUGGCGAGGUCGAGGGCAUUCGAGGCUUGAGCUCCCAAAUCAAAUAG